AUGGCAGAUGAUCUGGGAGACGAGCAGCCGGUUGGAGCAGCCAGCAGCCCAGCAUCAGAUGAUGGAGGAGAAGACACAGGAGUUAUGCAGCAGGAGACAGUUCCAGUUCCUACACUGUCAAAGAAAACCAAUAAGCCUAAAGAUUAUUUCUUGAUAGAACCAAGGGAAACAAAAGAGGAUACCACCAAGACCAGGGUAAGGAGAAAGAGGAAAAUUACUGGUGUUCUUGCAAAAUCAGAGCCAAAACCAGAGACACCUGCAGACCUACAGAAGCUGAUGGAGGACUAUUAUAGCAGCAAUCGUUCAGUGAUUGAAUUAGAAGAACUGAGCCUGCCAGAGUCCUGUUUCCUCAAAGCCAAUGAUUUGACUCACAGUCUUUCAUCUAAAGAAAUCUGUCUUAUGUGGGUAAAACUUCAGAAAAACCACAGUGAGAAGAAAUCGAUCCUGAUGCUGAUCAUCUACAGCUCUGCUGUCCAAGCCCUGGAGCUCAUUAGGUCAAUGACAGCAUUCAGAGGAGACAGCAAAGUUAUGAAAUUACUUGCAAAACACAUAAAGGUCCAGGAGCAGGUAAAAUUGCUGGAGAAGCAUAUGGUGCAUCUGGGUGUAGGAACUCCAGGGAGAGUUAAAGAACUUAUUAAACAAGGUGCCCUUAAUUUGAACCCCUUGAAGCUUCUCGUUUUUGACUGGAACUGGAGAGAUCAGAAAUUGAGGAGAAUGGUGGACAUUCCCGGAUAA